AUGAAAGGCAUUAAGAAAAGUCUUACAGAAGAAUAUCUGUACUUGGACUUUUCUCACCAAAUGGAAGGAUGCAUCUUUCCUCUUCAUACAUCUGUAACUUUAUUUUUGUUAUCAUACUGUGACUGCAAAAUCUUCAAAGUUGGCUUAGUCCUCACAAAAGAAAGCACAGAUAUUUCGCUAAAAAAUGUAGUGCCCCAGGAUGUUGAAAUACAGAUUAUUUCAAAGCAAGAACUUCCAGCAAUAGUCCAGAAUUGCUGUUUACCUGCAGUAGUAGAAAAACCAGACAAUUUCUGUAGAGCAGGACUUGCUGUUGUACUGAGACACAUAAUCCAGAAAUCAUAUGAAGCUGACCCCUCAAAGAAGGAAAUUUUGGAACUUCUGGGUUUUAAGAAGACUUGCUUGAAAGCCUGUGCUGAAGUUAGUCAGUGGACCAGGCUAUGCGAACUCACCAUCCCUUUAGCUAUUGAGAAUUUUCUCAAAGAGUCUUCUGACCAGCACCCAACUAUCCCUGCAGAAAUACUGCAGCUAGAGAGAAAGCUCAGUGAGCCCGUUAGAGUGCAUAAUGAUGACAAACUCCGUCGCCAGAAGCUGAAGCAACAGAAGGCUGCUGGGGUUGGGCCUGCCCAUGCUAAGAGCAAGGUCCUUAGACAAGAAACAUCUGAAGAGUUGGACUCUUCAUCCAAGAGCCUGGAACUGCAAGUGGCAUUCUCAAAGCUCGCAGUGUACGAAGAACCAGCUACUACCAACAGGGAGCCUUCUCACAUCAGAAAAGCAAAAGUGUCUGACCUUCCGCCUCUGGAGCAUGUGUUUGCAGAAGGCCUGUACUUCACUCUGGCAGAUAUCGUGCUCUUGCCCUGUAUCCAUCAUUUUUUGGCAAUUAUCUGCAAGAAACUUUCUGAAAAGCUGAUAGAAUUUCCACUGCUGGCUGCUUGGUACCAAAGGAUUCAGGAAGUGCCCAGAGUAAAAACAGCAGCUUCUCAGUGUGGGAUCCAAUUUCUCCACUUACCAGAGUUGCUGACCACCUUGAAGGAACAAGAUGCAAACUUAAGUGAGGUCCCAGGUGUGGAGGAGCAAAAUGAUACUUCAUUUUUAGGAGGACCAAGACCCACUAUGACCAAGUUAAUGGAAAAAGGCAUUGAAGUGAUGUUUUCUCCCCACCCUUGCCCUACUUGGACCCUUGAUUGGAAUAGUCUUCCUGCAGCAGUGAGCCCAAAGGAAGGCAAAAUGUCCAGUGAUCGAGCUUUAAGGAAGCAACAGCAGUUAAACAACCUUGUUUAUGUGGUGACAAGUCAGGCCAAACCCGGUGACAGAAUUGUGGAUUUCUGCAGCGGCGGGGGCCAUGUUGGCAUUGUCCUUGCUCACAUGCUGCCAUCAUGCCAGGUUACGUUAAUAGAAAACAAGGAACUAUCAUUAAUUCGUGCUAAGAAGAGAAGUGAUGAACUAGGUUUAAGCAACAUUUGGUUCAUUCAAGCAAAUAUGGAAUAUUUUACAGGGAUGUUUAAUAUUGGGGUGGCAUUGCAUGCUUGUGGAGUGGCAACAGACAUGGUGAUUGAGCACUGCAUCAAAACGCGGGCUGCCUUUGUCACAUGCCCUUGCUGUUACGGUUUCAUUCAGAACACCUCAAAGUUUAAUUUUCCAAAAAGUGAACAAUUCAAGAAAACUUUAUCGUACAAGGAACACAUGAUUCUGUGCAGAUUUGCAGAUCAGACAGCUGUCCAGCUUCCAGCCCAGCGAAGGCUCAUAGGAAAACAGUGCAUGUGCCUGGUGGAUCUGGAUCGAGCAAGAGCUGCAGAAGAACGUGGUUACUCCGUUCAAGUAAUAUCCAUGGAGCCGGAGAGCUGCUCUCCCAAAAAUAACAUGAUCGUGGGAGUCCCCAUUUAG